AUGGGCUGGCUACCGGAUAGUCUCGCCCGCCUCCGAGCCGGUCUAGUCGGCGAGUCGCAGUCGUCACCAUCAUCAACCCCAACCCCUCCCCCUCCCCCAGUCCUUCUAGAACCGACCGAACAAGACGAGGAAGACGAAGAUGAGCAGGCAACGCCGAGAGCCUCUGCCACGCCGUCCAACGUCCCCGUACCUAGCCUUUCCCUAUCCGCCGACAGUGGCAAGAGCAGCGACGACGACGACGACGACACAUCAACCACCGCAGCGUCACCGCCGUCGUCGAUGAUGCCUCCGCCCCCUCCACCCCCUCCACGUCUACCGACCCUCUCGCCCAACCCGCGCCCACCCCCGCAGUUCCUGGGGCCCAACUCUGCCCAGCGCGCACGCGGCGGCGGCCCCGUGCCCAACCGGAAUCCCAUGUCUGGAGGUCCGGGAGGAGGCCUGGGAGGAGGUCUGGCCCCGCCGGUGACGCAGUCCCUCGCGGCCGCGGCGGAGACCAAGAAGAAGUCGAGCAAGAAGGUCAUACUGGCCCCCGGCCGCUCCCCCCUCGACUGGGCGCGCAUAUCCGGGUCCCCGACGUCGGACCUGCGCGGCCUGCCCCCCUCGACGCCGUACCUGCGCGUCACGCCGUCCAUGCUGAAGAGGCAGACCGGCCGCAAGGGCAAGGACGCCUGGACGGCCCUCAACGGUAAGGUCUACAACAUCACGCCCUAUGCCGAGUACCACCCCGCCGGCGUGGGAGAGCUGAUGAGGGGCGCCGGCAGGGACGGCACCAAGCUGUUCGCCGAUAUACAUCCCUGGGUCAACUAUGAGAGCAUGUUGGCCUCUUGCCUGGUCGGAAUCCUGGUCGACGAGUCCGAGGGCAAUCGGGAGAGCGAGAUGGAUAAGAUGGAUUGA